UAGGCUCCGCCCCCUACUCCGCCAUCCAGGCCGUGUCGCACCCCACUCUAGAGCCUAACCUCAACCUCUGGGGAAGAAAACUAGAAUUUCUCCUCCGUGCGUGGAUGAAAUAGGGGUCAGUUCUCCCGCCGCGGCCUAAGCCAUCUCAGUGGUUCGGAGACCGGAGGUCCAAGCACUUCCGCUUCCGGUGGCCCAAGACCGGAAGCGGAAGUACGUGUGCGGCUGUGGCUGGCGGACGCGCAACUGCGUGGGUCGCUGCGGUGGGAGUGUUGUCGGCCGGUGUGCAGGUGGAACACCUCCUGAGACCUCGAACCCUGGCACCACUGUCAUGACUGGGGAUCUCAGCUCAAACCCAAGGAGCUGGCCUUGAUGUGGGAUGUUUUGGAGGACGCGGGAUCCAGUAACGUGCGGAUGAGACUGACAGCGGCUGUGCAGAGUCAGAGGGUGGAGACACCAUUGCCCACGCUGGGUCUCCCCAUCCCAGGGGUGUCCAGGGCUUCUGCUCUGCCUGCUCACAACGCCGCCUGGCUCCGAGAGGACAGCACAGAGGUAAAAGCCAUGGCUCCUGGGUUGCAGACCACCUGUUCCCAGGAAGCAGUCACUUUUGCAGAUGUGGCCGUGGUGUUCAGCCCUGAAGAAUGGGCAUUUCUGGACUCUGCUCAGAGAAGCCUGUACAGAGACGUGAUGCAGGAGAACUUCAGGAACCUGGCCUCCGUGGAUCAGCUGUGCAAACCCAAUGUGCUGUCCCAUUUGGAGCAAAGAGGAGAGCUGUGGGCCAUCGAUAGAGCAGUCUCCUCAGACACCUGUUCAGAACCUCAACUCAUAUCCCAGGAGUCAGUUCCUAGCCAAGGCAUUUGUGCGGUGAUUCCACCCAUCGGCAUGGAAAGGCCUCAGCCUCAGCCUCAGCCUCAGCCUCAGCCUGGAGAAGGCCGCUGCAAGUACAGUGACUCGGGGAACCCGGGGGGCGCGGGGCGUCCCCUCGACAGCAGGGAGCCCUUGUUUCGGUGCCAGAGAACUCAGGGUGCGGGGGCCCCACACGGACGUCAAGAGCGAGGACAGCGCUGCGAGGACAAGAGCUACGCGUGUGACAGUGAGGAGAGUGAGGACAGUGUGGACAGUGAGGACAGUGAGGACAGUGAGGACCCAAACAGCUUCUUGCAUCAGAGGACCAGAGCAUGA